AUGAUGCAUCGGCGGCUCAUUCACACAAGUACUCUACGGAGUGUGUUAAAGGAAACCAUCCCUGAACGGAGAGAGCAAUUACUGAAAUUGAAGAAGUUUCAUGGCCAAGUAAAGAUACCGGCCGGUGAUAUUACCAUUGGGUCAGUUCUUGGGGGCAUGAGGGGUAACAAGUCAAUCUUUUGGCAAUCAACCACACUGGAUCCGAUGGACGGGAUCAAAUUCCACGGGAUGACCAUUAAACAGUGUCAGGAACAGUUACCUGGCGAUGCGAAUGACCAUCAAUUCUACCCAGAAUCAAUGCUGUGGCUGUUACUAACGGGGAAAGUCCCCACGGUGGAGCAAACCAACGAACUGAUUUCCGAGUUGAACGGAAGAGCGGAGAACGGCCGCUUACCAGAGUGUACUGAAAAGUUGCUUGACAAUUUGCCCAAUAAUAUGCACCCAAUGACACAGCUCGCCAUUGCCGUUGCCUCUUUGAACUACGGGUCCCAAUUCGCUAAGGGGUACCAGGCUGGAACCAUCAACAAACUGAACUACUGGGAAAGCACCUUGGAGGAUUCGUUAACCCUCAUUUCCAGAUUACCUGCACUAGUGGGUAAAAUAUACAGCAAGAUAACGCAAGAUGGGUCACCCCUGGGCCAAUUCAACAGCAGUAAAGACUGGAGUUACAACAUCUGUUCCCUGAUGGGGAUGACCGCUGGCGGGGACUCCCUCAACAACAAUAACUUGUCUCCACAACAGUCGCAAGAUUUCGUCAACCUGAUGCGGCUGUACACGGGCAUCCACGCGGACCACGAGGGCGGGAAUGUAUCGGCCCAUACUACGCACCUCGUAGGGUCUGCGCUGAGCGAUCCAUUUCUGAGUUACUCCUCCGGCCUGAUGGGGCUCGCGGGUCCAUUGCACGGUCUUGCUGCGCAGGAGGUCGUGCGGUUCUUAGUGGAGAUGAACGGCAGUAUCAAAAAUGUGAAUGACCCAAAACAGAUAUCGGAGUAUCUGUGGUCUCUGCUCUCCUCAAACAGAGUGAUUCCAGGGUACGGACACGCGGUUCUUAGAAACACGGACCCGCGGUUCCAGGCGAUGUUGGAGUUUGCAGAGAGGCGGUCUGACGAGUUCAAGGACGAUGCAAACGUGCAACUGAUGAUGACGCUCCCCAAAGUCGCACCAGCCGUCCUCAAGGAACACGGGAAGUGCAAGAACCCGUACCCGAACGUGGACAGUGCUUCAGGGGUGCUGUUCCAGCACUACGGGGUCACGCAAUUGCUAUUCAUAACUGCAAUAUUUGGCUGUUCGAGAGCUUUGGGGCCGUUAUCGCAGCUUGUCUGGGACCGCAUCUACGGAUUACCCAUCGAAAGACCCAAGAGCAUGGACCUCGAGGCACUGCAGAAAUUGGUGUGA